GUCAGUUUCGUAACACCCCAUCUGCUAAUGUAUGUAUCCAGUUGGUACUUAAAUAUUUCUUAAUAGUUUUCUUAAAAAGGGAACAAAAUGGUCAUGGCUACGGGGGCUAUUCUAUAUAAUUUUCCAUCGAAUCUUGUUAUUACCAAAAAGGCGGCUCCAUUAGGCUGCUGCACAGUACCGUCACGCACUCAGAAAUUGCGCAACGCAUUGAAGAUGGCUCACUCCGAGCAAACCCCAGAAAAACAUCAGAGAAUUAUUGUACAAAACAACUAUGGUGAAAAGCUCGUGGGUGUAUUACGUGACAGUAAAACGAUGGAGAUUGCAGUCUUGUGUCAUGGUUUCCGAUCAUCAAAGGAAAGUAGCACGAUUGCAAAUCUUGCAGCCGCUUUAGAAAAAGAAGGGGUUAGUGUGUUCUCCUUCGAUUUUGCUGGAAAUGGGGAAAGUGAAGGCACAUUUGAGUACGGUAACUAUCAAAGAGAAGCUGAUGACUUGUGUGCUGUAAUUAAACACUUAAAUGGAAUGAAACGAAUUGUAACUGCAAUUGUUGGGCAUAGCAAAGGGGGCGAUGUGGUGCUUCUUUACGCAUCAAAGUAUCGCGAUAUCAAAAGAGUUGUCAAUGUUGCUGGUCGCUACGAUCUAAAGGGAGGCAUUGAAAAACGUUUGGGUAGAGAUUUUCUGCAAGUGAUCCAGAAGGAGGGAUUCAUUGAUGUUAAAUCUAAAGGGAGUACUUAUCGGGUUACCAAGGAAAGUUUGAUGGAACGCUUAACUACCAAUAUGCAUGAGGCUUGCCUUAAUAUUGACAGCAGAUGCAGGGUUUUGACAGUGCAUGGAUCUGACGAUGAAGUCAUUCCAGUCGAUGAUGCAAUGGAGUUUGACAAGAUCAUACCGAACCACAAAUUGCACAUAGUAGAAGGAGCUGAUCACAAGUACACGUCACACCAAGCUGAAUUAGCUUCAGUAGUUGUGCCUUUUAUAAAGGAUGGCUUGGAGCACAAAUAUUCCUAGUCAAGUUUAGUGUGUCCCCGAGGUAAAUUUUGAACAGUCUUAGAAUUGUUACACUGUUCCUUGCUCAGUUGCUCAAUUGUGCCGUAUCAUGGUGCAGCUGAGGGGCUCAACCACACAUGAUUCACUAUACAAUACUAAAUUUUCAGUUUUGCUUUUGAUUGACUUCAUGUUAAGGCAUUCAAAGCAUUCAUUGUAUAAAAAACAAGUAUCGAAUUUUCACGGUCUGGACCUUUGUUCCAUUGUACCCUGUAAUCCGAAUCUCAUCAUGACUUCUGUAUCAAAACUAUGUGCACUGGCCAUAUUUGAAUUUGACUUAUUUUUGGGACUAUUAU